AUGGCGAGUACCGUCCAACUCCUCGCCUGGCUUGCGGCCGCCUACGUCCUCCAUCAACUCGCUCUAGCAUUCUACCGUCUCUACUUCUCUCAUAUAGCUCAUAUUCCAGGACUGAAGCUCGCGGCCAUCACCAUCUUCUACGAAGCUUACUGGGAUUCGCGGCCCGAUCAGGAUUUGGUGAGUCUCCGAGAGGUUACAACAGGGUCGUAUCGCGAGGCUUACAAUGAGGCGGUUGCUGAAGGCCGGAGGGAGCAGGAGGAGAAGACAAAGCGACGGACUGGAGUUUAG